GGAAGAGUAAUGGGAAGAUCGUACUCUCACAUGCCGCCGCACGGUGGAAAGGACGGUCUGAGCGAAGCUGGGGCACCAUCGGAAGACACUAGUGCACUGGUGAGCUCAGAGGCCCAUGAAGAAGGGAGGACUGGAGACGUGUCCCAUUUCCCCUAUGUGGAGUUCACAGGGAAAGACAGCGUGACCUGUGCCACGUGCCAGGGGACAGGACGCAUCCCCAGAGGCCGUGAAAAUCAGCUCGUGGCUUUGAUACCGUACAGCGACCAGAGGCUGCGUCCGAGAAGAACAAAACUCUAUGUGACGGUUUCCAUCGUUGUAUGUUUACUACUUUCUGGCCUGGCAGUGUUUUUCCUUUUCCCACGUUCCAUCGACAUUGAGUACGUUGGUGUUAAGGCAGUCUAUGUGGCUUAUCAAGAAUCCACUAAUACUGUGUUUCUCAACAUCACAAAUACACUGAAUAUAACCAACAACAAUUUCUACCCGGUAGAAGUUGACAAUGUUACCGGUCAGGUUCAGUACUAUAAAACAGUUAUUGGGAAGUCGAAAUUAAACAACGUGACGAAGAUCGGACCGCUGGAUACAAAACAAAUUGACUACAUGGUGCCGACCAAAAUAGGAAAGGAAUUUGACUACAUGUACACCUACUGCACCCUGCCAAGCAUCAAAGUUCACAACAUAGUGGUGAAUAUGCAAGUGACUGUCACCAUUUCCUACUUGGGGCACCCGGAGCAGCUCUCCCAGGAAGUCUACCAAUACGUAGACUGUGGGGGCAACGCGACGUACCGCCUCGGCCAGUCGAAUCUCCCCAUUUUCAAACAGCCGUAA